GAUCACCGAAAUUAUUCGGCGGGAAACAGUCGUCAUCACUAGUUGGCGCCGUUUUUGAGAUUGUUUGCUGUUGGAAAACGGAACAAAGAAGCUUUAGAAAGUCAAGAUGUUUGUAUUAAAGAGAGAUGGCAGAAAAGAAAAGGUCAUGUUUGACAAGAUUACUUCUCGUAUACAGAAACUUUGUUAUGGGCUUCAUCCAGAGUUUGUUGAUCCAGCCCAGAUAACCUUGAAGGUGAUAUCGGGUUUGUACCAAGGUGUGACUACAGUAGAGCUUGACAACUUAGCUGCCGAGACUGCUGCUACCAUGACAACCAAACAUCCUGAUUACGCCCACCUAGCAGCUAGAAUUGCUGUGUCCAACUUGCAUAAAGAGACUAAGAAAGUCUUCAGUGAUGUAAUGGAUGAUCUGUAUAAAUGGGUGAAUCCUAAAACAAAGAAGCACUCCCCAAUGAUCUCGGAGGAAAUUCACAAAAUUAUUGUGAAUAAUGCAGAGAGGCUGAACUCUGCUAUCAUCUACGAUCGGGACUAUACAUACAAUUAUUUUGGAUUCAAGACACUGGAGAGGUCGUACUUGCUCAAGAUUGAUGGUCAAGUGGUCGAGCGUCCCCAACACAUGUUGAUGAGAGUGUCUGUCGGUAUUCAUCAUGAAGAUGUAGAUGCUGCAAUAGAGACGUACAAUUUGUUAUCAGAGAAAUGGUUUACCCAUGCUUCACCGACACUGUUCAAUGCUGGUACUACAAGACCUCAACUUUCCAGUUGUUUCCUGUUGACGAUGCAUUCAGACAGUAUAGAGGGUAUAUAUGACACAUUGAAACAGUGUGCUCUCAUUUCCAAGUCUGCUGGUGGUAUAGGACUCAAUGUGCACAAUAUACGUGCUUUUGGAAGUUACAUAGCUGGGACAAAUGGCACAUCAAAUGGCUUGCUACCAAUGCUGAGGGUGUUUAACAAUACUGCGAGAUAUGUUGAUCAAGGAGGAAACAAAAGGCCUGGUGCUUUUGCUAUAUACCUUGAGCCUUGGCAUGCAGAUAUAUUCACAUUCUUGGACUGCCGUAAGAACACCGGAAAGGAAGAACAGAGAGCUAGGGAUCUGUUCUAUGCCCUAUGGAUACCAGAUCUGUUCAUGAAGAGAGUUGAGGCCAAUGCCGAUUGGACACUGAUGUGCCCAGCAGAAUGUGCGAAUCUUCAGGAAUGUUGGGGAGAGGAGUUCGAGAAAUUAUAUGAAAGUUAUGAGAAAGAAGGGAAGGGCAGAAAGACGGUAAAAGCUCAGCAGUUGUGGUACGCCAUCAUUGAGGCACAAACAGAGACUGGUACCCCGUACAUGUUGUUUAAGGACCAUUGUAAUCGAAAGUCCAAUCAGCAGAACCUUGGAACCAUCAAAUGUAGUAAUUUAUGUACAGAAAUUGUGGAAUAUAGCAGUAAAGAUGAGGUGGCAGUGUGCAAUUUGGCAUCGAUAGCUCUGAACAUGUAUGUCCGUCCAGACAAGACCUAUGACUUUGAAAAGUUAAAAGAAGUUACAAAAGUGAUAGUUCGGAAUCUCAACAAGAUCAUCAAUAUCAACUACUAUCCAGUACCAGAGGCAGAAAGAUCCAAUAUGAGACAUCGCCCUAUUGGUAUAGGUGUGCAGGGGCUUGCAGAUGCCUUCAUUUUGAUGCGUUACCCAUUUGAGAGCCCAGAAGCCCAACAACUGAACAAGGACAUCUUUGAGACAAUUUAUUACGCUGCGCUGGAUGCAAGCUGUGAAUUGGCAGAGAAGUUGGGACCUUAUGAGACUUACCAGGGUUCUCCAGUUAGCAAAGGAAUUUUACAGCAUGAUAUGUGGGGUGUGAAAGAUACAGACAGGUUAGAUUGGCCAAGUCUCAGAGCCAGGAUUGCAAAACAUGGUGUUAGGAACAGUUUAUUACUUGCUCCGAUGCCUACAGCGUCCACAGCUCAGAUCCUUGGAAACAAUGAAUCUAUUGAGGCAUACACUAACAACAUUUACACGCGUAGAGUGCUGUCUGGAGAAUUUCAGAUUGUGAAUCACCACAUGUUGAAGGACUUAACAGAGAUGGGCCUGUGGAACGAGGAUAUGAAGAACUUGAUGAUUGCCCAUGGUGGCUCUAUACAGAAUAUUGACGGUAUUCCUGAUGACAUAAAGAGUUUAUACAAGACAGUUUGGGAAAUAUCCCAGAAGACAGUGCUCAAAAUGGCUGCAGAUCGUGGGGCCUAUAUUGAUCAGAGCCAGUCACUUAAUAUCCACGUUGCUGAACCUAACUAUGGCAAAUUAACCAGCAUGCACUUCUAUGCCUGGAAACUGGGUUUGAAAACUGGCAUGUAUUACUUGAGAACAAAACCUGCAGCACAGGCCAUUCAGUUCACUGUGGAUAAAACAAAACUGGCUCAGAUGAACAAAGCAAAGGAUGAGACCAAAAGCGAUGUAGCAGAGGUUAAACAGGAAGAGAACAUGUCAGCCAUGGUGUGCUCGCUGCAGAACAAAGACGAGUGCUUGAUGUGUGGAUCUUAAUUUUCCAGUGUUAUACCUGAUAAAAAAGAUCUGUUGAUGAAACUCUUAUGUAAAGUGCUUUAUGUUAACAUUCAUUAGAGAUUGUUUUCAAGUCUGUAAUCAUUUAUACUCGUUAAUUCAUGUUUUAAGAAGUGAAACUUGGUAAUAACUUUAAUUUAUUCUCUGUAAAUUGCCAAGAUGCUUUUCUUGUAUCCAUUUUACAGAUCUUCUCCACAAAUACUUGUCUUUUUUCUUCAUACAAGAUUGCAUGUACAUUAUGCAUUGUUAAAAUCUGUUUCAAAUAAAUUUUGUUAUUAAAACAGUAGCCUUACACUUUAAUACAUUAAAUUUUGAUGAAAUACCGGUGUUUAUCAGUGUUUAAGGCAAUGCAUACUAAAAUGUUUUACUUUAAAUAUCUUUAAAUAUAAAGUGCUUUUUGACAUGUGCUGUAUAUUUAGUGUUAAAUGUGUCCGAUUGCCAUAUAUCUAUAAUCUGUUGUGAAAUUGUGUUUAACUAUUUAUUAGAGGAAUAUACUGUUUUAGGUAUUGCGUAGGGGAAGAUGAGUUAGAUUUUUCUUAAUAUAUACUAAAUAUCAUGUUCAAAUAAAUUGAUAAAAUGCAA